GUGCGACCCAGCAGGGGGAGCGGGUGAGCUGGCCCGAGGGCAGCUCGAGCACGUCCUUGAGUGUGGGUGUGGGUGUGGGGCAACUUGGGUGGGAGCAGCGUGGAGGCUACCCCGACGGAGUCCCGCGCCUCGAGGCUGGGGUGUGUGCAGGAACAGCGAGGAUAAAUAGGAGGCUCCCUCCGCCCGGGCUGCACUCCCGGAGCCGCCCGCGCCCCGGGUGUUGCCUGCCCAGGCCCGGGUGCCCGGCCGAGAAGCAGUUUCGUUUCCGGCUGGCCGGAGAGAGUAGUUUCCAGGCCCGCCCUCGGGCGCCCGCGGCCGGGGAAGGGGCGCAGGACGAGGGGGACUCGUCCAGGGGCUGCCCGGCCCCGCAGCGUGGGGUUGAUGGACCGGGCCGCCCCGGGCAGCGGCGCCGGCUCCCUGCCACUGCUCCUGGCCCUCGCCCUGGGUCUAGUGAUCCUCCACUGUGUUGUGGCAGAUGGGAAUUCAACCAGGAGUCCUGAAAAGGAUGGCCUUCUCUGUCAAGAUCCUGGGGAAAACUGCACAGCUACCACCGCGCAGUCGAAGCGGAGGGGCCACUUCGCGCGCUGCCCCAAGCAGUACAAGCACUACUGCAUCAAAGGGCGAUGUCGCUUCGUGGUGGCCGAGCAGACGCCGUCGUGCGUCUGUGAUGAAGGCUACACUGGGGCGAGAUGUGAGAGAGUUGACUUGUUUUACCUCAGAGGAGAUAGAGGGCAGAUUUUGGUGAUUUGUUUGAUAACAGUUAUGGUCAUUUUUAUCAUUUUGGUGGUCGGUGUCUGCGCAUGCUGUCAUCCUCUUCGGAAGCGUCGUAAAAGAAGGAAGAAGGAAGAAGAAAUGGAAACUCUGGGUAAAGAUAUAACUCCAAUAAAUGAAGAUACUCAAGAGACUAGUAUUGCUUAAUGGCUAUGAAGUUACCUCCAGGCUGGUGGCAAGCUUCAAGAUGCCUUGCUCAUUAGAAAAUGGACAGAAUGUGUCUCAGGAAAAGAGCCAGGAGAAAUGAAUUUUAAAUGAUGUAUUUACUUUUUGUCUGUAAUGUUAAUCUGUGUUUUUUACUAUUUUUAUAAUAAUAAGUAAUUUUAUUAUUGUUCGUAAUUGGGAAAAAGCACUCAGUUAAGAAAUUUUAAUAAACGUCCACUUAAAGUUUUGUUAGCAGUAUUAUCAGUCAAACAAAAAAGGAGAGUCGGAAGGAGUUUAGAUUUUAGGAACUGCAUUAAAAAUAAAGCUGCCAUUUAUCCAGCACAUACUGUGGACCAAGAGUUUAAAGUAUAUCAUUUCCUUUAAUCCUUUUAAGAACCUAUGAAUAUCUCCUAUGAACCUCAUUUCCCAUAUAUGGGAAAAGACACAAAGAAGUUAAAUAACGCAACCCAGAUUUACAGAGGUAGGAAUUGGUGGAGCUGAAAUUGGAACCAAGAGUUACCCAACUUCAGUUUGGGUUCUUAACUAUGAUUUUUGUUGAUCAGAGUGGGUACAACCCAACUCACUGAUAUAACCCAAGACUUUAUACUACAUUAUGUUUUGCCAUGAUACUGAGAUGCUGGGGAUAUUUUCCUGGAGAAACUCAGGUUGGAGAGUCCUGGCUGUAUAUGUUAAUAUUACCAUCAUGUUUUCUACAGCACUGACUUCUUUUAUAUUCCUUUGCUCCUUUAUAAAUUCUCUGCGGCAUGAAUAAAUUCUUACAUUAGUAAAGCAAACAGAUUUGCCCCCAUAGCUAGGGUAAUGAAUAAAGAUGGAAAGUAAAUGCCUGAGCAUCUUUAAGCCCAGGUAAGUGUUCAUGCUAACUAAGGGAUAAAUUAUAGCACUGGAAGAAGAGGUUGUUUAUUCCUGGGCAAUGGUCAGUGACACCACAGCAGAGCCCAGGCACACACUGUCUGUGACCAUAGCCUCAUUUUUGUUCUUCCAAAAAACAGUACCUUUGAUUGCUCUCAAGUGACUGUUGAUGCAAUGAAAUCAUGACCGUGAGCAUCUGUUACUUGGGACCAUCUUGCCAAAUGUUCCUUCAACUCCAUAAUAUAUUUAAUAAAGAUUCUUAAAAAUGAAAAAGCUAAAUCUAUAUUUAGCCAGUAUUCCACAGAAUAUGAAAAUGUCUACACUGACUGGGUGGGUGAUUUAUGAAAACCGAUGGAAGGUGUCCCCCACUUGCUGUACUUACGCUGUUGUGAAGCUAGCUAAGCAGGUUUUAUACCAGAAUCCUAACAGAUUUUACUCUGCAGCAUAGACUUCAUACACAAAGUGAAGAGGGGAAUUCAGACUGAAGAUGAAGUUGGAUGUCACUUUCUAGCACAUACCCUGUUUUGAGUGAGAAUGAGGUUAUCUUCACAGAAAUAGCUCAAAUAUAUAAAGCGCUAAGCCAAACAACUAGUUAUCUUCUAAAUCUGUUUUUCCUUCUGACUUAAUAACCAUCCUUGAAACAGGACUAUAUCCAUCGGAUUCCUGCUGCAUAUGCUUUGUUUCCAAAAGUCGUCUUCUGGGCUAAUCUAUGCCCUUGCUUUUUCUCGGUGUACUUUGAUACCAAAGUGCUUGAAACAAAUGGUUGUUACAGCAUUUUAAAACAAAACAAAAUGCUGAAAAUGUUUCUCCUUCCCGGAACUGAGGUUGGUUAACCAGUGGAAUCUCUCAAACCAAGUCAGGCUUGGGAAUUUUGUUUUGAUCCUAAAAUGUAAAUGGCGUUUCUUAAAAUUUGGUAGGUCUGAUAUCAAGAAAGAACUUCAAAGAUUUUCAUAUUUUUAAAAAAUGUAUUUUAUAAUUGUUUUGUAUAUUCUAAAUGAUGUUGUUUAUGUAAACUGUCAACAUUAUCAUAUAAUAAAGUAAAUUUAUUUUUAAAA